GGCAGUUAGAAUUGUGACUUGUGAGGGAGCGCAGAGGGGAAGAAAGAAAAGAAGAGGAGAGAGCCAGAGACACAUAUGCUCCGAUUCCGAACAAGUGGCAACGUAGAUAUCAUGGUGCACGCCGCCAAGCUUGUUUUCAUCAACCACCUGCGCACCGUAGCAUCACCUUCCUCUUGCUCUGCUAAUCUGCGCCCUCCCUCUACCUCUACCUCUACCCGCUCCAUGAACACCAGCUUCGAUCCUCAGCUCCAUCACCUUUUCCAGCAGAAGCAUUCUCUUCGAUCCAAAGUACGCACAAGCCUCAAAAACAUGGAUCCCAUUCUCAAGUCCCAACAAGAUGAUGCCAUUCAGAGGGUUGUUUUAGAAGCUCCAUGGUUCAAGAAUAGUAGCAAUAUAUGUGCUUAUAUAAGUUGUGAUGCUUUACGAGAAGUGGAUACGUCAAGAAUUGUGUCAAAUAUCUUAUCUAACUAUAAAACAGAGGAUCAGGGUCAUGUACAGAUGAAGAAAAGGCUUUAUUUACCACGUGUAGAGGACAAAAAUAGCAACAUGAAGAUGCUUAAGGUAUCAAGUUAUGAUGAUCUGGUUCUGAGCUCAAUGAACAUUUUGGAGCCAACUUUGGUCGAUUCCAGUGGGAAUCCACGUGAAGAUGUUAUGCAAGCAACUGAUCCAGUUGAUUUGUUCAUCGUACCAGGCCUUGCAUUUGACAAAUUUGGAGGACGUCUGGGCCGCAGUGGUGGAAUGAACAGCUUGGGACUGUGUAUCUUCUGGAUUUCUUCCAUACAUAAUGAGAGACCAUACUAGAAAACAAACUUGACAAGAUUAAAAUGAUCAAGGAAAUGAACAUAAUCAAGAUGAUGGGGGAGAGAAUGAAGCAAACUUUGAAGAAGACAUCCUUAUUCUUUUCAUCAGAUUACUAUCUUGCAGCGUUAACAGUGCAUAAUAUUCCAAAUGAGACCUACUUUCACCAUUCCUUGCACCUAUACAAAGGCAUUCCUAAAUGAGUAAAAGACAAAAAUGUUUGUUCUUCCUAUUUCAGAGAUUUUCAUCAUCUUUGUAUCCAUAGCAGCAUGUUCCCCCCUCAUACAACUACGUUUGGACAAUGCUAUUUGCUCAUACAAGUAGUCGGGGUUAGGGAUGGCAAUAGGACAGGACGGGACGGGUAUUUAAGUAGCCAUAUCUGUCCUGAAUACCCAGGCAUUGCUCCAUUUCCUUCCCCAUUAGUUUUGCCCCAUACCCAAACCCGUGGGUAUAUAUACCUGCCCUGCACACUUCCCGCCCCACCUCGGAACUUAAUUGAUUUAUAGUUUUUCUCUUUUAAAAAAAAAUCUAUACCAUGAAGAUAAACAAAUUGAACUGAACUGAGCGCUCCUUAUAUAUCGGGAAAUUGUAUACAAUAUGCUUCUGUAGUUCUCACCGUUGGUUUGUGUCUAUUUUUACUAAUGGCUUUCAGGAUUGUUUAAUUUUUU